ACUCCCAUCUUCCGCUGUUGUGACUCAAGUCACAGGGUCAAGUGCUGAGUGAGGGGUGUGGCCACAGAGGGAACUCAGAGCUCUAGAGUGAGCAGGGUGGGAGAGGAGAGGGGCUUAGGAGAGCAAGCAAAGGCACGUGGGGCUGAAGGUGCUGCCAAGAAACAUGGCAGAGUCCGUCAUCUAUGCAGACCUGCGGUUUGUGAAGGCUCCUCUGAGGAAGAACAUCUCCCACCCAGGACGGGAGUCUGACAAGGAUGGGAAGCUCACCAACGAGAACAUACAGGCGCUUUCACACCCAGAGGCACCCACCAGCCUGCCACUGGCUAUUGAACCAGGGGACGAAACAGCAUUCUGCAUGGAACAGCCAGCCAUGACUUGGAGCAGUGCCAAAGCCCCAGAUGCUGAACAAAUGCUCCCCUAUCUGCAGGUGUCUCAGCAGUUUGGGCAGCUGAGCAGCCUCCUGGAAACCUCCAACAGCAGCCUUCAGAAGCAGCUCCACCUUGGAACUGCCCAAAAGGGACAGAGGGCACACCAGGCUGCCAAGAAGCAGCUUCAGCCCUGCCAGGCAAACAGGACGAAGAUGCAGGAGACCUUGCAGGCAGUACAGCAGAAGCUAAGCCACCUGCAGGACACACUGAAGCCCUUCUUCACCUGCCCCUCACAAGGUUAUCUGGAGAGCUGGGACUAG